CUUUUUGAUGCUUACAGCAGUUUUCCUAUGUGAUAUGAUGUAUCUAGGCGCCUGCACCGGUGCCCAGGAAUGAAUCGGCGAAGAGUGCCAUAUGCGCACGCGCGCGGCAGUUGCUCGCGCAGCAACGGCGAGCUCAAGUAAGCUAGUAUAAUAUAGCCACUGAAGAUACUUUUAUUCAACCAUUUCACAGGGCUGUUCGAACUCACGCUGAUCGGCAGGGCUGUUCGACCUCACGGUGAUCGGGGCCGGGACCGACUCAUCUUCCUGAAGACCGUUUCCGAGCGACAGUCUGUAUACAUCAUUAUGAAUCUUCGGAAACACUUAGUUUGCGUGCGCCGUGACUGUGGUAUAGGGCUCUGCUUUUUGGGCGGUUCAAUUCAGCAACUAUGCGCAGCCUCACCCCGGUGACCUUACUGCUGCUUUUCUUGCUCGCUGCGACCGCGUACGGUAGUGCUCUUGAAGCCCUGUGGCGCCAUCCCAUAGUUGGAGCAGGCGCGACCUCUGGAGAGCUUUAUAUAGCCACGCGGCACCGGAGAUUCAGCACGGAAUUGCUACCUAAGGACUUGACGGCUGUUGUUGUGCGUGAGACGGUGGCGAAUUGCAGUCACUGGAUAGUGACCACCACCAUCAACAGCGCAUCCCCCAACCUUCAAAACUUGGCAAGCUUUCCUGGCUGGUGCAAGUGCGUUGUGCUGGACCACAAGUCGCCGCCGGGCUUCAACCUGACCGGCCCGGGGGUGGUGGUGCUGACCGUGGCGGAGCAGGAGAAACUGGUAGAGCGCUGGGCUGUUGCGGGUCGUACGCCCUGGAACCAUUUCGGGCGGAAAAACCUGGGCUUGAUGUAUGCGGUGCUUCACGGCGCGGAGUUUAUCUUCGACACCGAUGAUGACAAUUUCGUUUUGGACGGCGACGCUAAGUUCCUACCGCGCAGCACCAAGCUUCCAGAGGGCUGGACCCUCAACACGCCCACCACCGGCGCGACCGUGUUCAACCCCUACCCACACUGGGGAGUGGACACCUGGCCACGCGGCUUCCCGCUGACCCAGAUCACAAACGUGACGACGAGGACCGGAGUGCGGCCUGCGGCAUCCACCAACGCGCCAGCGUUGCCGCCGCGCGUGUGCGCGCUGCAGUCGCUAGCCAAUGCCGACCCAGAUGUGGAUGCGCUGUAUCGCCUCACAGGCGGGCUGCCGCUCUACUUCCCGCCGCAGCGCGCCUGGCUGGCCUACCCGGCCGGCACCUACGCGCCCUUCAACGCGCAGGCCACGCUGUUCGACGCGCGGGCGCUGUCGGCGGCACUGGCGCUGCCGGUGACGGUGCACGGGCGUGUGAGUGACAUCUGGCGCUCCUACAUCAUGCAGCGGGCCAUGUGGGACCUGGGAUGCGGCCUGGCGUUCGCCGACCCCUGGGUGACGCAGUACCGCAACGCGCACAAGUACCUGAAGGACUUCUCCUCCGAGCUGGACCUCUACCUCAAGACUGAGGGCCUGCUGGUGGUGCUCAACGGCCUGGCCUUCCCGCCCGACUGGCGCUUUGCCAGCCCGGACGCGCAGUUGGCGGGCCGCGUGCUGGCGCUGUACGUGGCGCUGUAUGAGCACGGGCUACUGGAGGUGGAGGACGUCCUGAUGGUGCAUGCGUACCUGUCCGACCUUGGCGCACUGAGCCAGAACGAGAUUGACUUUGCGCUGCGCGUGAACGACUUGUCGCAGCCACAACAGCCCCAGCCGCAGAACGGGCAGCAGCAGCAGCAACAGCAGGCGGCGGGAGGGUCACAGCUGCUGCCAGCGCUGGUGCCCACUUCGCCGCGGCCGCCGGCGCCGGCUCACCGGGCGGCGGUGUGCGUGACGGGCAUGUUCCGUGCGGGGCCCUUUCUGUACCCCUGGCACGUGACGCACGUGCUGUCGUACCUGGGCAUGCCGUACGACGUGUACGUGUCAACCCCCGACCUCCCCGGCGCCUUCCCCUCCUCCUCCGACUACACCUACUUCCUGCAGCCGCACCAGGUGGUUCACGCCAACUACAGCCGCGUGGAUGCGCUGCUGGCGCUGCCGGGCUGGGAAAGCACGGGUUUUAAGGGCGUGCACAGCCCGGGCAAGUGGCUGCGGCAGAUCAUGGACAUGUCUACGUGCCUGGAGGCAGUGCUCGCCUCCAACAUCACCUACACGCACGCGGCCCGGCUGCGAGCGGACACCGUGCUGACAAACCCGCUGCCUGUGCCCCCGGCCGAGCUUGGCCCGCGCGAUGUUGUGGUGCCCAACAAUGAAGGGUACGGUGGCGUCAAUGACCGCAUCGCGUACGGCAGCUUGGAGGGCAUGAAGGCCUAUCUGUCGCUCGUGGAAUCAGUGCCCGGCUUUCUCAGUCAAGGCGGUCGAUUGGCAAAUGCUGAGUCCGCGCUACAAGCGCACCUCAACGCCCGCGGCGCAGCCAUCCAGCUGCGGCCGCUGCAGCCGUGCCGCGUGCGGAAUUACACGUCCGGCAGGUUUGUGUGCGACUAUUGGGACCACAAAACCUUCCAGGUGUGCAGAGACAUCUGCGACGCUUGGCACGCGGAAGUGGCGCAGCCAGCUGUUCGGCAUAGGCGUAGGAGAAUUUAGACUUGCGAUGUAGGGGGUCGGAGUGCAUGAUAGAUAGGUGCCUUGAGUCAAGAGCUUUAGGGCGGCGCACUACAGACAGGUACCCGCUGGAGCUGGCUGGAGUUUCCGGCGGGGUGUAGAGAUUGGCUUGCGCGCGCUAGAAUGAAGCAACUGAGCGUUGUCGUGUGUCCAGGAAAUAAGCAUCAGGCUUCGCGAUCGAGGGGGCAUUGGAGCAGGCUGCAAUGAGGGCUGUAGCACCCUAGUUCGGACUUCGGACUGCUCGCCGACAUCGCGCAUGGAGAGUCCCGUUGGCAAGCGGGAGCAGAUGAACACCAUGGUUUCAGGUACCUCGUAUGACACAAUAGCUGGCUUGUCGUCGGUGACCACGGCAAGUGCAGUCGACUGGUUUUGGUGUGGGCGCAAAACGAGGCGGGAGGGGCCGGCCCGCAAGGAGGGGGAAUUUCGGGAAUUGGCUGGUUUUGAGUGUUUGGGACUUGGGACAACCAUUUUCCCAGCACUGUUGCAGACUUGCAGUCCUUAAAUCCUAGUGGGCUGUCCCAGUACUGGGCGGGGUUGGGUCGGCCCGGCACGAAUGGAUGGCCGGGCGGGAACUGUUGCAUACCCCGGUCCGGUCGUCCCCAAGUGGGCAGGUUACUUGGUCGGGUUAU